ACAGUUAAUUUUGAAAACGGUCAACAAAUUGACCGCAACAUGGAGGUCAUCGAGACACUUGUAACGGAUAGCAUUGAAGUGGAAGAUACUACUGCCACGAUUUCAACUUUGGACUCUGAAAAAUCGAAAGGAGAGUUUGUCUGGACUCUACAGGCUACAUGGCAGCUAGUUCAUACCCGGCUCGAAAUGGACCAGGAGUUUGACCAGCCUGUCUGUAAAAAGAAGAAGCUAUGGGAGACAGUAGCUGAGAGGGUAACAGCCAAACUCCGUGCAGCUGGGAACCACGAUGUCGCGGUCAAAGCUUACGAAUGUGACCUCAAAUGGAGAAACAUGUUGGCGACGUACCGAAAGAAUGCUGAGCGUGCCCGAAGGCUGGGACCCCAGAGUGUGCACUGGGAAUUUUUCAAGGCUAUGCACGAGGUGUUAGGCAAGAGCCGUGAGGAAAUUGAGGCUCAGCGCAAGGCAAAGCUGAAUGGCACCAAACUGGGAAAAGCAAUCGCUAGCAAGCGGUUUACCCCAAUACUGCCCACGCCCACACCCUCUCUCACAGCCACGGCGUUCCCCACCAGACCCCCCCAGGACGUACUGCAGCUCUACCUGGAACUACAGGAGAGAAAACUGAACCUUUGGGCUCAACAGAAAGCGCUGGAGGAGAAGAAGAUCGAAGCCAUUAAUAACCUGGCGCGUGCCAUCUCUAGUCUGGCCCAGGACAGUAGCAUUCAGCUGCCCAAGGAUUAGGCAGGUGUUGGACAGUCUUACCCUCCAGCAAAGCAGUUAAUCUGGUUUUCUACAAGUCAGUCCCGUAUGUUUUUGGACUAAACCAGGAUUUUAAUUAUUCAGGAGAAACUUGCAACACUCUGUACACAUAGGUGAGAUGGCUCUGUGUUAAUGGAUGGUUGUGUUGUGGAGUGCCUCUGAAGUGGAGGGUUGUUCUCUUAAGUGAGUGACAGGGCAUGCCACACAUAUCCAGAGUAGUGCCUAUGAAACACUAACUACUGAUACUGUCCUGUUCUUUUUCUUAUCUUGAGAAACAGCCCUACAGUUGUAAAACGUUAGAGUUUCACAUUAAUCACAACUGAAUGAUGAUCAAAUUUAAUUCCAAAAAUGUUAUCGGACAUAUGGUGAUGUUGUACACGGUCAUGUUGAUUAUUAAACCCCAAGAAA